UUAUUAAUUUAAUCACUUUCUGUAAAAAUUAGUUAUGAAAUGGGAUGUGGGUGUGGCUCGUUAUUUUGCACCAUGCCAUUUGCUUACACAUGGCGAGCAAGCGAGUGCUUACAUUUGUAACUGGCAAUCCUAGAAAACUAGAAGAGGUGGUGGCUAUAAUAGGUGAAAAUACUCCAUGGAAGCUGAUAUCUAAUGAUGUUGAUUUGCCAGAGCUGCAAGGUGAGCCUGAUGAUAUAGCGCGUGACAAAUGUCAAAUGGCAGUGGAAAAGAUAAAAUCUCCCGUAAUUGUUGAAGACACUUGCCUCUGCUACAAUGCAUUGAAGGGAUUACCAGGACCUUACAUAAAAUGGUUUUUACAGAAACUAGGACAUAAAGGCUUGAAUCAGUUGCUGUGUGGAUACGAUGACAAGACUGCAUAUGCUUUAUGCACUAUUGCAUAUUGUGAAGGACCUGGUAAAGAUGUGAAACUAUUCAGAGGGAAAACUGAUGGUACUAUUGUAGAAGCCAGAGGUCCUCAUAAGUUUGGUUGGGAUCCUAUAUUCCAACCAGCCGGUUUUUCAGAGACAUAUGCCGAGAUGGAGACAAGUUUGAAGAACUCUAUAUCUCACAGACGGAAAGCACUUAAUGGACUUAAAGACUUUCUUGAUACAAGGACAAUGAAAGAUGGAGAGAACACUAGCAAUGGUAGCGAUGGAACUGAUCUUCAACAGCCAGAAAAGAGACCACGUUUAAAUGAAUAAAAA